AUGUUGAUACUGGAUGAGAUGGUUGUUGUUGUGCCGCUGGCCUUGUCGUUGGCAGAGGACGAGGUUGAAGAAUCUGAAGAAUUACAGAUUCGGGUACUCAUAGGAGAGCCACAGCUUGAGGACAAGGGCAACUGGAUACGAAGACACGUCGAAGUGUAUUCCCGCCCUGGCGGUGUUGCAACAGAGCAUGAGUGGAGGAGUCAUGCCACCGGAACUCUCAAGUUUACAUCGCAGCCCAACGCGGGCGGCGUCAGCUAUGGGCCGUCUUUCCAGGGCGUACGUGCCAUUUGGCGUAUAUCGGACAGCGACCUAAUAGCACAGAUUGACCCGCCUCAGAAUCAAGGCGAGGACUGCCUUUCGGUAACCCUGACGAACAAGUCAACGGGUGUAAUGGUCGCCAAGGUUUCCGAAGUUCAGCUGCGCGCCUGGCAGCCUCCUAUUGCUGGAGGUGACCUCUACCACCUAGAAUGGACCGAGACUCGGUCUAAGUAUGCUCAGGCAACAAUGUCUAGUUCAGCUGUCGAGAUUGUUCGGGUCGAAGGCUCACGCAACGUUGAUGCAGCAGCAGUCAGCAAGACCGUCCAUGAAGCUGUGGCCGAGGCGCUCCGUGUGGUGCAGGAGUGGAAGGUUGAGAAAGCAUAUGCUGCUGACGGCUUUCGCCUCGUCUUCGUGACCGAGAGGGCGACGUCAGCUAGCGACGUUGCCGAUAUAGAUGUGGUUGCUGCAGCUGUAUGGGGUUUUAUGCGAUCUGCUCAGGCGGAGCUUGGCGGAGACCGGAUCAUGCUCGUCGACUUGGAUGGAACAACCGAGUCGGAAGAGGCACUAUCGUCCGCGCUCGCUACCAGGGAGGAAAUUGUUGCUAUACAUGAAACUCAACGCCCGACGACACUCGAUGUCAACGGGACCGUCUUGAUCACCGGCGGUACGGGCGGACUCGGUGCCAUAUUCAGCCGAGACGUUGUGUAUACUUACGGUGCCAAGAGUCUGCUUCUAGUCGACGCUGCGUGGAACCUGCACGAGCUAAUCCCUGACACGGUACGCUCGUUCGUCCUCUUCUCAUCGUAUGUCGGCGUACUUGGGAACGAAGGUCAGGCGGCCUAUACCGCAGGCAAUGCUUUCAUUGAUGCCCUGGCCCGCUUCCGUGUUGCACAGGGGCUGCCCGCCUUGUCACUGGCCUGGGGCCCGUGGGCGAAUGAUGGCGGCAUGGCCGCCAAGCUGGCAGUUCCCAACCUCCGCGUCGCCAACGCUCAGCCGUUUACAGACCAGCAAGGACUGCAGCUGUUUUGCAGGGCGCUGCAGAUGCAGACGAAGACGCCACCGGAGCCGGUUCUUAUACCGUUGCUGCUGCGCGGGCCAUUUCCACUGUUGCAAUCGACCGGUACGGCAUCCAAAGCCAGGAAGGUAUCUGCGAAAGGUGGUUCGAGAUCAGGCGCCAUAUGGCGCAACAAGCUUGCCGCGGUCCCAUGCGAAGGCCGCCAUGACACUCUGCUGGGCAUGGUGCGAGAUGAGAUUGCUGAGGUGCUUGGAUACCGGGGCCAAAAUAUGCUUCCCGAUAAGGUACUUGCCGACCUCGGCUUCGACUCGGUCACUUCAGUCUUGCUCAGCAACAGACUGAGGGUCUUAACCGGGUUCAAUAACCUCCCUGCGACUCUGGCGCUGGAUCAUGAUACCCCCCAAGCGCUGGUACAGUAUCUCUUACCUCGCCUACAAGCACAGCCCCAGCCAGAAGUCGACUUGGAGUUGGAUGAUUUCACGACCACUGAGAAAGCAUCAGCUUCUGGCGACAAUGGCAAUGAAAACAACGGAAGUAUGUCAUCCAAUGAAAGUACUCCAGCUCCUACGGACCAAGACGACGUCGACCCCCAGAUAUUCCGAGGGUUAGCCACCCUUCACAGGCGGCUGUCCCAUCUCGAGCAGUACACCGCUGCAGCAGAUUUGCUAGCCUUGGCCGCGCUAGCAAUGCCAACUUUCCCAAAGAUCGGCUCCAGCGUGUCAGGUUACGCGGCGGACCCUCAACGCCUCGCGACCGGUCCAUCAGGUGGCGGCGCAGAGGCGUCCCUGCCACUAGUCUUUAUCGCGCCAUUUUUCCCACGCAUCAAUAUUGGUGGGGUUAGUCUCAGUGUGUAUAGUGCCCUGGCGUCUGCGAUGAACGGGGGAAGGGACGUCUUCGAACUCCCACACCCAGAAGGGCAGGUUGUCCCUGAGGAUCUUGGUGCGCUUGCCGACUUGCACGCCGGCACAAUCCAAAAGCACUUUUCCAACAAACCGGGAAUCAUACUCGCAGGCUACUCUGCUGGGGGCACUGUCGCAUACGCUGUGGCUUCUAGGCUGGCUAGGGCUGCCGAUCAGCCUCGGCUGGCGGGCUUCGUCCUGGUUGACACGUAUCUCAGCAUGACGGGCAGGGGCGAUCCAGACUGGCUGAACGCGCUACCAGCCGAGGCCCUCGUGUCACGUCUCGGAGGCCCUAAUUUAGGUGGCCGCAAGGGCAUGGGCGGCGAAAGCCUCGUCGGAGAUCUGGACCUGGAACUGGCCAAGGUGGGCGGAUAUUUCAGGACGCUGCUGGACUGGGACGUGGAGUUACAUCCCCUUCCUGACGCAUUACCCACGCUGUUCGUGCGUGCCCUGGACCCAUCAGACAAGAUGCCCAACGACGCAAACGUGUGGCGUCCCAAGUGGCCACGUGCAAACGUUACAGUUGAUGUCCCCGGAAGCCAUAUGGCUCUCCUCGAUAAGCGGUAUGCUCCUGCUAUUGCCGUCGAGAUUCAACGAUGGGCGAGUGAGCAUUUGAGUGCUUGA